GCUGGUUUUGCUGGAUUAUAUGCCGCUUCCGUCGGCAUCCUGCCGUCAGUCCUAGCCUGCUCCAUUCCUCCUCUAGGCAUCUUGGCCGACACUACACAAGGGCCGGUGGUUUCUUUCGCGACCCCGUUGAUAACUAGCGAAAUUGAAGGCAGAAUAUCCAACUACGACAGGCCGGCUAUAGCAUCGUUGGUCAUCCUGUUCACGAUCCACCCCGACACGAAACUAGCUCUCACACCUCGAAACAAUGAUUCAGGAUCCCGAGUCCGAAGUUGGCACGGCGCCCUCGUCACAGACAGAAGCACGUUCCAAUUCUGCCCGGGUAAACCCAGUGAGUCGCGUGCCGGGACGAGCCCCCUUCUUCCACUGCGUCCUCCAAUCUGCUUGGGAUCCCACCACUUCAAGUCGAUACAGUGGGAUAAUGUCCCCAAGAUAGAACAUCCAAACCACCGCAACCGUGGGCAUUUCAAACCUUGUUCUGCCACACAGCUCUGCUUAUUCACUCUCUAG